UCGUGGUAGUGGGUGCUACUCGGUGGGAGGAACAAGAAAUGAGGAGGUGGUCUGAGAAGCGGCAGAGCUCCUCUGUUUGUCUACCAGGACCAGCGCUGCCUGAGCCGGGACUGCGGCUGGGACGUUAUCUCCACCUCUGUCCCUCUUUCUCUCUGCUCGUCCCUCCCCACCCUCUUUCCCCUGCCUCCCUCAAACACUACCUGACUCCCCCCUCUUUCUCUCUCACCGUCUGUCCCAAGCACUGACAACGUACUUUUGUAGCUGCAUCACCUCUCUGCUCCUCUCUCCUUUUUUUGUUGCUCCUUCUCUUUCACUACAUUAUUUGCUUUGACUGUGUUGCCAAAAUGUACCGGAAUCCCUGGAUCUCAAAUUACCUGACUCAUGUGAAGUUUUGCAGCCAAGGACUUGGGAGUGAGAGCCCCGUGAAAGCCAGCAAUCCCAGGGUCCUACAGACGCGAGCGCUGAGCUUCCAGAAGGAAUUUUCCUACGAGGACAAAGACGAUCCAGCCAAAAGCAACAAGGAUAUAGAUGUUCGACUCCUGGUCGCUCUCCCCAAAGUCUCUGAAUUAAGGAAACGGUUUGAAGGCAUUACCACAAGUAGCAGUGACUGGGAAAUGAACAGAAAGGAGCGAAUUGCUCGAAGACUGGAGGGCAUUGACAGGGAACCGUCUCUGCUGCCCAACUUGGUGGCCAACCGGCUCCUGGAAGAAGACACACCGCGUUACACCAGAGCAUCAGACCUCUGCGAGCCUCACGCUGGAACAGUCCAGCGAUACACCAUGGAAGGAUUCGAGAAGCCAGACAUGCCUGUAAAGCCCCCUGAUAGGGAGUCCAGAGGUCGAGUCAGGUCUAAUGCUCAGCCCUCCAUCCAUACGGAGCCAGCCCAGAGUUCAGGAUCUACCACUGCUGCCCCACUCCAGGAAUCUAAAGCUGAACGCAUCGCCCGCUACAAGGCAGAGCGCCGCCGGCAACUGGCCGAACGCUACGGCAUCUCUUUGGAUCAGGACCUCGACUUGGAUUAUGCGUCACGCUACACCCGCACCCGGAAGGAAACUGACAUCUCGGAGAGGCUUAAAAGAGGAGAGCCUUUAAAGGACGAAGCUAGGGACAUCGGUCUGAGUGUUUACAGCAGCGCGGCAGUCAGUAGCCCGAAGUCCGGCAGCUCUGCAACCCCUCAGGGCCUCCCUGACCCACGCUACGAUGUGGCUCGCACCAGGGUGGACUCGUUUACUGAGAGGGAGAGGCUGAUGAACCUGGAGAAUCAACGCAGAGCUGCUCCACCCGGGUCUCCACCCACCUCCUCCUACAUGGACGUAACCUCAUCAAUCUCUGCCAUGGCACCGGCUAAAGACCCGGUGGCACAGCUGUCAUCCAGCUCACCAAAGGUGGGCGGACUUUCCUCUCCCAAACACGCUGCAACUCCUGGGGAUAUGUUCAUCGAGCAGCAGGCCCAUAGUGUCCUCAGCAGGCAGGGUGCAAGAGCGACCCUUGGUACUGAUUGGUUCCUCCAGACAGAUGCUGAGGGUGAGGCCCACUCGCUCAUCAACUGGCCUUCAAGAAUAAAAGUUAGGGAGAGGCUUGCCAGGGAGGAGGGGCACCAGAGACAUCCAGAGCCUGAAGUGUCUGCAUAUCACAGACAGCUUCAGCACCGACCCCAGACCUCUGCUCCGAUCCGCUACCACAGAGAGCCGGCAGGCCCCCAGCAGACCUACUCCCAGUCAUAUUGCUAUCCACCAGCUAAUUUCAGCAGAUCUAAUCAAGGAGAAGACAUUGGUGGUUACCCGAGUUACCUGUCUAUGGCGUCCGGUCCUGCAUCCAGAGCCGAGAUGGAGCAACUCCCAGAACAGGUGUGUCAGGAUGAGACUGAUGAACCCGUUGGAGUAAAAACCGAGGGUCUAUUGAGGAGCAGGAAAGCUGUCUUGCCUUCAGAGAUCCGUCGCAGGGAGAAAAGCACAGAGGACCCGCAAAGAGGAAGAAGCGAGGAAGAGAUGGGGAUGUCCAGCGUGAACAGCCUCAGCCAGGCUCGUGAUGCUGCUGUAGAGGAGACUGCACUAUCUGGAGUGAUGGGCAGAGGCAGAGCAGAGAAAUCGGAAGACAGCGCCUUUCUGCAGGCAGCAGAGUGGAGACCUCGAGAGCAACAAAAUGUCAUAUAUGUUCAAAAAGGACCGAGACCGACCCAUGUCCAUCCCAAUGCACUGCACGCAAUCCAGGGCACCUCCACCUCCAGGACUGCUGCUAACCUCUUGGUGUCAGAUGUAGGAUCAGAUCAUAGGAGCAUGCAGCACCAAGUCCGGGAGCGUGAGGGCGUUGGCAACGGAGAGAGUCAUCAGGAACGGCGGGUGUCCGUGGCCAAGCUCAGGCAUUCAUACAUGGAGAGCACCACCACGCCUCCAAGCAGCCGCAGGAACGAGCUUGACACUGAGGGUCACAGAGAACAUGGGAGCUACCAGGCACCCUGGAGAGGUGUGAGGGAAAGGGGGCACCAUCCUCUGCUCUAUAUCUGUCCUGGGGAGAGUCGAAAGACCUCAGACAGGUUUAGGACUCAGCCCGUCACUUCUGCUGAACGGCAGGAAACUAAUAGGUCCUGUGUGAGCUCGGAUUUUGCUUCCACAGAAGCUGAUGAAGAGAAGCUGGAUGAACGAGCCAAGCUGAGCGUAGCAGCAAAGCGCUCUCUCUUUAGGGAACUGGAGAAAAGCAUUGAUGGAGGACUUCCCAAACCGCGGUCCAGGAAUGCAGCAGUGGAACGAAGACUGAGACGGGCACAGGACCGAUCGAGGACUCAGCCUGUCACCACUGAGGAAGUAGUCAUAGCAGCGACUGUACCCUCUCAUGUGCCACAAAUGACUGAUCAGUCUACUGUAGCACGUACUGAUAGCCACACCCUAGUUUGCACCAAUGCCCUUCCCUCUUACAGCUUGCAGGCCUCCUUACAGCGUAGCUCGAUUGGCCAGCAGCAAACUCGGGGUUCUCAGGAGGCCCGAGGCUCAAAGCAGGCACCUACGAUGGAGGGACAAGUCGAGAUGCAGAGUCAAAACAAUGAGGAGCCGGAUGUUUGCACCCUCAGCCUGGCAGAAAAGAUGGCACUGUUCAAUCGACUCGCACAGCCGGCAAGCAGAGUCACCCGUACCCGAGGCGACACCCGCCAGCGCAGGGCCCAUGCUCGCUACCAGACACAGCCCAUCACCCUGGGAGAUAUGGAGCAGGAGCUCUCAGACACAGACAGCAGGGAUGAUGAACAGGAGCUGUGUGACAGCCCAGUCGAACAACUCCAACUUCAAAAUGGUGCAGAAGCUCUGUAUGGACACACUUCGUCCUCCUCUGUACUCGCAGCAGGAGCCACUUUUUCCUCUGACCAUGCCGGAGACAUCCACAUUGCAAGCGGCGCUGUCCAUACUGAAGCCAACCCACCCAGCUCCAACAGGCCCCUGCUUCACCGCCCCCCUGAGGUCCAUGCCGUGAGGUCACAGGACACCUCAGACCACCACAUGAAACCCAUCUCAGACCAGGGGGAAGACAUGAAGGACCUGAAAGUGGGGAAGAGGAGGUUGCCCUCUCCUGAAACAGCAGCCAGGCAGGCUGCCCUGCCCCAGCCCCAAACUGGAAGGGAUAGAUGGUGGGAGGAGGAGGAGGAGGAGGAGGAGGAGCAACGCUGGCUUUCCAGAGGUGGGGAGGAGGCAGCUGUUCAGAGCUUGGAGAGCCACAAAGUCCAGGAGAAAGAAGAGCAGAGGCGGUAUCUAAGGGAGGAAGCACAACACUCGGACAGUCACAGGAUCAGAACCAUCAGUGGAGAACUCCCGGACUCCACUGUGAUAACAUCCAGAGACCCAUUCGGAUCGCCCCCAAGCGAGUGUGGGCCUCUGGCUGGGGGGCAGUCGGCGUGCCUGGUUCAGCCUGAUCCUGACGAAGAGAUGGGUGACGUGAUGAUUGGCCGACACAUGUCCAUCAGAGAGAGAGUCGCCUUGCUAAAGAAGAGCGGUGAGAAAGACUGGAGGAGCAGGAUCAAUAAGAAGCAGGAUGUGGCGAAGGCUGCUGAGGAUGAGCAGCAAGCUCAGCUCUGGGAGGUGGAGCAGAGCUUCAGGAAGAAGGACGAUGAAGCCCUGAUGAUGAUUGAGGACUUUGCUGUGUCCGACCAGAUUUGGAAGCCUGACGUUGCUGCUACGUUCUCCUCUCCUGAUCAUCCUUUCCAUCCCUCCCCUGAUGACACAGCCAGCCAGGCCACCAGAUCACCCAGACCCUUGCAGGUGGAUGAAAGACACCCCUGGAGAAGGAAGAGAACAACAGAGGCAGAGAUGGAGAGCCAGAGCAUGGAGGCUCACAUGUCCAUCCAGGAGAGGAAGCAGCUGAUUGAGGCUCGGGAGGAAGCGUGGAAGACCACGGGCCACGGAGCUGCUAAUGACUCCUCCCAGUUCACUGUGGCUGCACGAAUGGUGAAGAAAGGGCUGGCCUCUCCCUCUGCUCUCCACUCCCCCCUCCAGACCAAAUCAAAGAACAGUCUUGCUGUCUCCAAACCACAGGAAGAGAUUAAGGCAGUGCCGGAUCUGAAGCUGGAGUCGGACACAAAGCUAGAGAAGCUCGAGUCAUUCCUUGGAAAGCUCAACAGUAAAGUGCCUGGACUGCCAGAAGCAACCAUCACUGUCACUGAGAAGAAAGUGAAGGAAGUGAUGAGCCUUGAAGAUGAAACUUUUUCCAAGUUCUACCGCCAUGUGGAGGAACUUCCUGCCAACAUCAACAAGGUGGAGAUAGACGACGACUUUGAUGCCAUUUUUGACCCCGAGGUGCCAAAAUUGACUUCAGCGAUGGUGCAGCACAGGAGGGCGGUGCGCCCAAACCGCAACGUUCAGUCAUCUAGGAACCCUCUGAAAAAGCUGGCUGCCAGAGAGGAUAUCAGGCAUGAGUACACGGAGCAGAGACUCAACAUCGGCCUGCUGGAGAGCAAACGGAUGAAGGUGGAGAAGAUGAACAAGAACUCUGGAUUUUCUGAAGUGGCUCUGGCCGGUUUGGCAAGCAAGGAGAACUUCAGCUCCGUCAGCCUGCGCAGCGUCAGCGUCUCUGAGCAGACGUCCAACAACAGCGCCGUGCCAUACAAGAAGCUCAUGCUGCUGCAGGUCAAAGGCCGAAGGCACGUCCAGGUCAGGCUGGUGGAGCCCAGAGCCUCCUCUCUGAACAGUGGGGACUGUUUCCUGCUCAUCACCCCACACCGCUGCUUCAUGUGGAUCGGAGAGUUUGCCAAUGUCAUCGAGAAAAGCAAGGCGUCGGAGUUGGCCAACUUCAUCCAGAGCAAGAGAGAUCUGGGUUGCCGAGCGGAAUACGUCCAGAUGAUAGAUGAAGGUACCGCCUCUCACAGCUCUCCCGUCCAGGACUUCUGGAAGUGUCUCGGAGGACAGUCAAGUUAUCAGUCAGCAGGAACCCCAGAUGAAGACGAGCUGUAUGAAGCUGCAAUCGUGGAGACAAACUGCAUCUACCGCCUGAUGGGGGACAAGCUUGUCCCAGAUGAUGACUUCUGGGCCAGAAUGCCCCGCUGUACACUACUCCACCCCAAAGAGGUUUUGGUGUUUGACUUUGGCAGUGAGAUGUAUAUCUGGCAUGGGAAGGAAGUAACUCUGGCACAGAGGAAGGUUGCCUUCCAGCUGGCCAAGCACCUCUGGAACGGCACCUUUGACUAUACAAACUGUGACAUCAACCCACUGGACCCAGGAGAGUGCAACUCACUCAUUCCAAAAAAAGGCCAAGGCCGGCCGGACUGGGCAGUGUUUGGCAGACUGACUCAACACAACGAGACCACCCUGUUCAAGGAGAAGUUUCAGGACUGGACUGAGUCCAGGAAGACGCCCAGUCCCACCACAACAAACGAUCACAAGGAGCAUCCUACGUCUGAUGGCUCCCGUGCCUUCAAUGCCUCCUUGAUGCUGCCCCUCCAUCAAGCGGCGGUCUGCACCAUUUUAGACGGGUUCAGUGUGGGCCGGGGCUAUGGCCUUGUGCAGGCUGAAGAGUGGCGGCGCUAUGAGAUCAGCACCCUAGCAGUGGAGGCGUGGCACAUCCUGGAGUUUGACUACAGCCGGCUGCCUCGCCAGAGCAUCGGCCAGUUCCACGACGGCGACACCUAUGUGGUCAAGUGGAAAUAUAUGGUCAGCACUGCAGUUGGGAAGAGACAGAAUCCAGAGCAGCAGAAGACGGCCGGCGCUGGAAAGGAGAAGUGCUGCUACUUCUUCUGGCAGGGCCGCAACUCCACCAUCAGCGAGAAAGGAACGUCAGCGCUCAUGACCCUGGAGCUGGACGAGGAGCGGGGAGCACAGGUUCAGGUGCUGCAGGGGAAGGAGCCGCCAUGUUUUCUGCAGUGUUUCAAAGGGGGGAUGAUUGUCCACUCAGGGAAAAGAGAAGAAGAGGAGGAAUGCUCCCAAAAUGACUGGCGUCUUUACUGUGUGCGAGGUGAGACGGCGGUGGAGGGCCACCUGCUGGAGGUGGCCUGUCACUGCAGCAGUCUGCGCUCCAGAGUCUCCAUGGUGCUGCUGGGUGUGAGCCAGGCCCUCAUCUACUUGUGGCACGGCUGCAAAUCCCAGAAACACACUCGGGAGGUGGCGUGCAUCGCCGCCAACAGACUCAAAGAACACUGUCCCCUGGAAACCGGGCUGCACAGCAGCAGCAAAGUGACCAUACGGGAGUGUGAUGAAGGAGCAGAGCCCACGGGAUUCUGGGAAGCCCUCGGCAGACGAGACAGGAAGGCGUAUGACUGCAUGCUUCACGAUCCCGGCAGGUUUAACUUCACGCCUCGUCUCUACCAGCUGAGCAGCAGCUCUGGGGAGUUUACAGCUGUGGAGUUUCUCUACCCCGCCAGAGACCCCGACCAGGUCAACUCCAUGCCCUUCCUGCAGGAGGACCUCUAUGGAGCCUCGCAGCCAGCACUGUUCCUGGUGGACAACCACCACGAGGUGUACCUGUGGCAAGGCUGGUGGCCUCAGGACAGCGAAAGCACAGGCUCAGCCCAAAUCCGCUGGGACUCGGACAGGAAGUGUGCCAUGGAGACGGUGCUGCAGUACUGCCGAGAAAAGAACGAGAAGAAGCCUCCCAAAGCGUACCUGAUCCAUGCCGGUUUGGAGCCGCUCACCUUCACCAACAUGUUCCCCUGCUGGGAGCACAGAGAGGACGUGGCUGAGAUCACUGAGAGGGAGGCGGAGGUGUGUAACCAGAUCAUCCUGGUGGAGGACGUGUUAGCCCGCCUCUGUAAGACCACCUACCCACUGGCGGAGGUGCUGGCCAGGCCGCUGCCUGAGGGGGUGGACCCUCUUCACCUGGAAAUCUACCUGUCUGAUGAGGACUUUGAGGGUGCAGGGGCUUAUGGGAAGAGGGCCCUGGAGAUGAGCAGAGAGGAAUAUGGCACUUUGCCUGGAUGGAAGCAGGUGAAGUUGAAGAAAUCCAAAGGACUCUUCUGAAGAAGGAUGCUCAGGUAUCUUGUUUCCAUGGGCACACAGCAGAGACUCAGGAGCAGCUCUUCCUGAGCCAAACCUUUGAUGGUGGAUCGAGGAUGGAAACAAGAACCUCGGAGAGGCUUGCCAGCCUCUCACGCUUCAGAUAUCCAUCCUGUCUGCACUCGGUUGGGUUUGAUGAGGGGGAAACAUGUGGGUGCAGGAUUCUGUGUUAAUAGUGCUCCUUUAUUAUGACACUGUUAAUGAUUGUACAUAUGUAGCAUACGGAAAGCAGCCUGGGUCCUUCCACUGGCUGCCAUACAGCCAUCUGUUGGAGUGGAGGCAGGUCUGCCAGCCUGUUGGACACACUUCACUUCAGACUCUGCUAGAUACAUGUUUGUGCAUUAACUAAUUUAUAUUUAAUAUAAACGCCACAGAGGAGUUCUGAAAAUAAACUAUAGAAAUGAAAAUGAAAAAAAUAAAAUGUACAAUUGUUGCUGCAAAUGUUUGUGUCCUACUUGUAUAAAUGGAACAGCAGCGCUGCCGUGCAGGUCAGCUUUUACUAAUCAACUGAAGCAGCUUUGAAUGCAGCAUGUCCGUCUCUGAGAACACAGCUGAUGGAAGAGGGCAGCCGGACGCAGUGACUGCAGUGUAUAGUGCCUUGCUCCAUGUACAGUUUAUAUACAGAUCCUGUUCUGAAUUUUCAGGACUGUUUGUGAUAACAAACCAAUAGAGGAAUAAAGUUUGAUAUCAAUGCA